GUCAGGAAUCAAAAGCACUCCUCUGAGCGUGGAAAAGGACGGGAUUUGGCUUGAAAGAAUAAUGUUCUUUUAUUGCAAACACUUGAUCUUAUACAGAAAUCAGCUCUGCCAUGUGAAGAGUGCACGUUUCAGAAGAGUUGGAAAACCCCCCUCAAAGAGUAGCAUCAGGACUGGGGGCCAAGCAGGAGGACACCAAUUACAGGGACAAGAAGUAAGGGGGACAAUGCGAGUCCACGUGCACACCAAGUUCUGUUUCCUGUGUGUGUUCACCUUCCUCUUCAACCAGUGCAACCACUGCCAUGGAGAAGGGCACAGCCAUCAGCACGGCGGUCAUCACCACGCCGACCACAACCACACCCACAGUGACCUGCAGAUUUCUGAGGCUCCAUACGUGAAAGGAGCCAGUCCAGCCCCGGAGUCAAAGAGUCCUCAAGGGCACUCUCUAGAGGAGGAGCAGCGCUUCUACAUCCAGCAGCUGUUCAGGCGCUACGGCCAGAAAGGCCGGCUAGAUUUCCAGGGAUUUCAGAGUCUGCUGUUCAGCUUGGGUCUGGGUGAAGUGAAGGUGGUAGGUGUGGAUCAUGAGGAUCUGGGCCAUGACCACGUAGCUCAUCUUGACCUGCUUGAUAUGCAGGAAGGUCUUCACUCCCAUUCGGCCACCAGUGAAGACCACAGCCAUGAUCACCGGCAUGGGCAUGGUCAUCCACACCACAAGCCCGGCUCCCAUCCACACACAGAACAAGUUCCCACACGGUGCAGCCACCAGACUACUGCUGCCAGUCCAGCUACUGGUGCAUCUAUAGGACAUGACCAUAAACAUGAUCAUGACCACGAUCAUGGGCAUGAUGCAGGGCAUAAUCAUGAUCAUGCCAAGGUAGAGGAUAGUGACCAUAAACAUUCUGAUGGACAUGUGCAGGACACACAUGAUCACGAUCACGACCAUGACCAUGAUCACGCACAUGACAAACCUGAGCAGGUACAGGUGCACUCUAACCACAAGGACCUUUCUGCUCAACCUCACAAUGAUCACGAACACGGUGAUCACGAACACGGUGAUCACGAACAUCACGAUCACAGUGGUCACGACCACAACCAUGUCCAUGAAGUUCAGACAGAAGUGCCUCCCAUCAACCAGGAACAGCAGCCCUCCCCCCAGUUGGAGCCAACCCAAGUUCCUCAGGAGCCAAGGUCCUCUCCCGCAACCACAGAAAGCCGGCCCAAGAAGCCAAGAAAGCCUGCUAGAGGAAGAGGACAGAGAGGGCGAAACAGAACCACUUCUCCUCUCACACCUAUGUCUGAUGACCACGACCAUCAGUCUGAACACAGUCAUGACCAUGACCACGACCAUGAUCACGGUCACGGUCACAGCCAUUCUCAUAAAGAUAAGAGAGAAGCACCAGGAGGCCCUCCCAACCCCACUUUGCCAGCCCCCGGUCAGCCUGGCCAUCCGGCAGGAUUGUCUCAUCAGCAUGAGGAGUGUUUGAACCUGACACAGCUCCUCACCUACUACGGCUUGAAUCCCGAAUCGCUCAUCUCCCCCACCCAGUUCACCUACCUGUGUCCUGCCCUGCUCUACCAGAUAGAUAGUCGUGCCUGCAUCCGCCACUACCACCAGAUGGAUGUGGAGCAGGAAGCCUUGGAGCCCCCCAGUUCCGUGUGGGUGUGGCUGUGGGGUUUUGUGUCCAUCACCAUCAUCAGCCUGCUGUCUCUACUGGGCGUGGUGCUCGUACCCAUUCUCAACCAGUCCUGCUUUAAAUUCCUGCUCACUUUCCUGGUGGCGCUGGCAGUGGGCACGCUCAGUGGCGACGCUCUCCUUCAUCUGCUGCCUCACUCUCAAGGGCAGCAUGACCACGGCGAGCACGGGGCGAGCGACGACAGAGAUCUGGUAACAGCCUUUGAUGGAGUGUGGAAGGGUCUAACGGCGCUGGCCGGCAUCUACCUCCUCUUCAUCAUCGAACACUGUAUCGGCAUGUUUAAGCACUACAAAGACCACGGGGGCAUGAAGAAGGUGAGCGAGGAAGGCAAGAUUGGUAGGAAGUUGUCAGAUCACAAGUUAAAUCGUCGCUCAGAUGCAGAGUGGCUGCACCUGAAGCCGCUCAGUGAAGACCCCGACAGCACAGCCAUCUCCUGCGACAACGGUCACAACGACACGCAGCUCACAGAGCUCCAGACGCCCGACUCGCCCACGAACAAGACGCCACUGGCUCCCACAAACCCCCAACAAGACCCGCCGUCACCCACCAAAGAGAACGGACGCAAGGCCAAUCGGCACGGCCACGGACACUCGCACGGCCACGGUCACUCUCACGGUGGGAACUGCCACUCAGACCAGGAGAUGAAGGACGCUGGUAUAGCCAGCAUCGCCUGGAUGGUCAUCAUGGGCGACGGCAUGCAUAACUUCAGCGACGGCAUGGCUAUAGGCGCAGCAUUCAGCGCAAACCUGACGGGAGGCAUCAGCACAUCAGUGGCUGUUUUCUGCCAUGAAUUACCUCAUGAACUUGGUGACUUUGCAGUGCUGCUGAAAGCGGGGAUGUCAGUGAAGCAGGCCAUUGUCUACAAUCUGCUGUCCGCCCUCAUGGCUUACGUUGGCAUGGUGAUUGGCACAGCUGUGGGCCAGUACACACACAAUGUCACCAGCUGGAUCUUCGCCAUCACAGCUGGCAUGUUCCUUUAUGUGGCUCUGGUGGAUAUGCUGCCAGAAAUGCUUCACGGGGACAGCGAGGACCACAAGCGCUGCCAGCUGGGACACUUUAUCCUGCAGAACCUGGGCCUGCUGACCGGGUUCGGCAUCAUGCUGCUCAUCGCCAUCUUCGAGGACCAAAUCGUUUUCGAUUUUGGCUUUUAGUUCAAGGAGAGAGCCGGGGUGCUGGGAUACGAAGGAAGGGAGGGAGGGGGGAGAGCUGGAUGUAUCAAUAUUGUUCUUCUUGGCCUUAACGUGCUUUGUUUGCGAUGUAACGGCCCAAUCUUGCAUGCGAUGUGAGUCUCAUUCAUGGCCCGUGCCUCCAUUCCAAACAAGCUGCGGUAGUUUAUGCAUAUCUCGUGACUCUGCCAGUGAUGUUUACACUCUGCUCCUCCAUCACCUCUCCUCUGUCAGCUCCAAUCUGUCUGCUCCCUGUGAAGCAAACAAACAACAACAAAAAGGCCGAAGGAAAGAAGAGCGAGGCUGCACUCCAACCCCGAAAAAACACCUUCUCUGCUGUGAACCAGUAAACUCCAUCUUUAAAAAUAAAUAAAUAAAUAGUAAGAGCUGUAGAUAGUGAGGUGGUGCAGGAAGCGUGUUCCUGCAGAGAGGCAGCUGUCACAGCCCAACAGCUCACCGCCUAUGCAUCAUCACCUGUUGUUAGCGUGUUGUCGUCGUACCCUAACCCCCCCCCCCCCGCCGCCCCGCAACCUCCUUGUCUCUUACCCAGUCUGUGCUGUGUCCCAUCAUCCAUGUCUCGUACAUCUGUGGUGUGUGUUCUCCACGCGGCAUCCAUCAUCAGCUGUUGAUGUCAUCACGCUGGGUAUCAAACAUCCCGCGUGUCUCUCUGUGCCAAGCCCCGGCCACUGGAGCAGCGCCCCACACACACACACACACACACACACACACACACACAGUCGCACAGUGUCCUUAAAGAGGUGGGGAGCUAGCUGCAACAUCUGGAAUCAACCCCCUUUUUUUUUUUUUUUAGCUUUUUUUGCUUCACCUGCAAAAAACGUGUCCACAGCUGCAGCGUCGGGGUAGGAAAGUGUUCCCCUGACUUUGUGUCGCAGACUGUCUAAACUUAUCAGUGUUUUUCUUUUUUUUUGCUACAACUUUUCUCCAUUUAUUACUUCCGAGUUAUAUUUUACCGUCUAAUUUGAUCUUCGGGAUUAUUAAGCCUUUGUAGUUCAUAGUGAAAGCUAACACAGCUGCCAAAGCCUUUACAGAUUAGCAUUUAGGACUUAUCAGUGUUUGGUUUUUUUUGUUUAGGAACUAGAUGUCACAAAUGUCUGACCAAUUGUUUUUUUUUAUGGGUUUGACAAUCUGUAGCCAAAAGGAGACAUAUCCUUGUUAGGCCUUUUAUUUUAUAAUGUUUCUUUAAAAGAAUCAACAGCUUCAAAAUGUGAAUUCAGAAAAACUAGUUAUUCUUGUCUUCAUGAAAAAGUGUUGUAGUUUACUAGAUUGAUUUAGGGUGCCUCUUCGAGUUCCUAAAAGGUGCUUUGUCCCAACGGAGCGCCCUGCAGUGGACAUUGAAUCAGUUUGUUUUUUUUUAAUGUACUAUUAAUACACCGGGUCUUUAUAGUGUCAGUAGUUGAGCAGCUAAAAGCAGAAAUUUUGUUCCUAAAUAAUAGUUUUUAAAGUACUUCCGUAAAGAAAUAAAUUCACUAUGUGACAAUCUCUUGAGACAGACAGAGCAACAAUAUACUGUAUGCUUUCAAAUGACCACAUUCCCUGCACUUGUAAUGGAUGUUCAACCCGAGGUUAUCAAACCACGGGACAAAAAUUAUCAUCAUUAUUAUUAUUAUUAUUAUUAUUAUUAUUAUUAUUAAUAUUAUUAACAUUUGUUUCUUCACAAGCAUUCCUCACAUAUGUUUCUGAGGGUGUACAUUAUAAUCACUCUGCUGACUGUGCCAAAAGUGGCCCCCAGUGUGGAUUUUCAGUGGCUGAUGUUUGAUACUUAUCCCCCCCGACCCCCCGACCCCUGACCCCCGACCCCCCUGACAUUCCAUUGGCUGGUUUUGCGGCUACCGUGCUAAGCUAGCUAGCCUAGCUUCAGCUGCUGGAGCACACAGAUAAAAGUGUGUGGCUUCAUUUAUCCUGUCACUGUGUGACAUCCAUCGUCUUUACGUCUUAACUGGCUGUGAAUCAUCGUUCGUCAGUCACAUUGAACUCAUGUCAUUGACCUGACUGAAUCAUGCAUGAAGCAUGAGUGAAACGGUACAGACAUUGUGUCGAGUGUAAAUUUGAUUUUCAUUCUUUGUACUGCAAAGUUAAAAUACUGACAACCUUUGUUACUUUUUAAAUUAACUGUGUGAAGAUCAUGAAGAACUCUUUGGGGUGUAGUGUAACUGGUGUUAUGGGCCUUUUUUUUUUUUUUUUAACUUAUUCGUAUCAGUUAUCUCUUUUUACAUUUUAUUAUUUAAUCUUAUGUUCAUAUUUAAUGUCGGUGCACACAAUGGUUAAACAAACCAGAAUGUAUUUUCAUUCAACGUUCAAGUUUAUUUGACAUUUAUUCGGUUGCUUCCUACAACAUUAACUCUGAUUGUGUUAUUUGUAGUUUUAAAAGAUUAGGGGUCAUUUUUAUAAAACAGUAUUUCUCUUUUCAGUUUCUGUCUUAUCUGUAAACUUUAAAUCCAGACUGUACUGUCAGCUGUUCAAUAAGAGUUAUAUACACUUAUAGACACUAUGCCCCAAAGAACAAGUUUCUUCACUGUUUAUUGGGCAAAAAUUGUCUGUAAAAUGAAGAUUGUUUUGAUUUUUGCUUUGUUGUAUGUAUAUUUGUUUAGUAAUCUGGAUAUAAAAUGCAAAAUGUGACAUCCUUGCUGUUUGCCUGUCUGUGCAUUCUCCCCAUUACGAAAGGAAAAUAAACUCUGAAAAGAU